AUGGAUGCAGAAGAUAGCGAUAGCUCACUUAGUGAAGUGAGUUCUCUAGAUGCCGAUUUUGAUACAAUGCAUCUUGAAUCUGACAGUUCCGAUGAAGAAGUUACUGAUGAGGACAUAGAUUCGCAUACUUGGAAUAAAAUAGAACCAGAAUCCGAUGCAGAAUUUGUGGAGGAUCAUGGACUGAUCGAGGAUGUGACUCCUAUUUCAAAAGAUGAUACAAUCAAUCCAAUCGAUUGCUAUCGGCAUUUCAUUACAGACGAAAUUAUUGACCUCAUGGUUCGUGAAACUAAUCGAUAUGCAGAACAAUAUCUGCAGAGCCAUGAGAUUAGUAGAAGAUCAAUGUUUCAUCAAUGGAAACCAACCACUAACGAAGAGAUGCUCAAGUUCUUUGGAAUCAUUAUUGAAAUGACGUUUAUACAAAUGCCGAAACUGAAGUAUUACUGGAGCAGUAGUAAGUUUCAGCAAGAUCCUAUAGCCGGUCUUCAACACUCUGAAACAGUGGUUGUGAAUUUAUUGGAUGGUCUUCUGGGAUGUUAUCGAACCGUACAUGUGGACAAUUUCUUUACCAGCAUCUCUCUGGCGACACGUUUAUUAGAAGAUGAUACAUACCUUAUUAGGACAUUGAGAAGUAAUCGUGCCGGAUCAGGGAAUGAAGUUCGUCAGAAAAAGCUUCGUCGUGGUGAAGUGUACGGACGCAAGAAUAGAGAUGGCAUAAAGUUAAUUAUGUGGAAAGAUAAAAGAGACGUUUUGAUGAUAUCCACAAGACCGUCACAUUCAGCAACACUGGCAAAUACUGGAAAAACUAGUUUUCAAAAUGAGCGGAUCAUGAAACCAAAAGUUGUGCUGGAUUACAACCGAGGAAGACAAGGUAUUGAUUUUUGGGACAGCAAUAGUCAAUAG